AUGCUUUAUUUUCAUUUCAAGGGAAGCCGGCUACGGAUUUAAUAUAUAUUAUUUGCUAUAAAAUAUUAAAAACAACGUAUAUUUUUUAUUAAAUUCAGUAAAUAAAGCUAGGACAAGCAAUAUCCACCACUAGCCACUUAAAACAGCUGAUUCAGUCUUGUUUGGUAAACAAUUACCCAAGCAAAUGUUUUGUUUGUGAUUUUUUCCAGUUGUGAAAUUAGAUAAAUCGAAAUGGCGAACAAAAAGUUCAGUGACAUCAAUCUGUACGACCUUUUGGGCAUUUCCCUGGAGGCCGAUCAAAAUGAGAUUCGCAAGGCGUACCGCAAAAGAGCCCUCGACUGCCAUCCGGACAAGAAUCCGGAUAAUCCCAAGGCCGUCGAGCGAUUCCACGAGCUGUCCAAGGCCCUGGAGAUCCUCACCGAUGAAUCCGCCCGCGCAGCCUACGACAAGGUGCUGAAGGCCAAGAAGGCGGCGGAGCUGAGGAGUCGCCAGCUGGACGGGAAGCGGCAGAAACUCAAGCAGGAGCUGGAGGAACGGGAACGGGCGGCCCUGCACAAACUGGCCAAAGCCCAGCCCUACAGCACGGUGGCCAAGAGCGACGAGGAGCUGCUGCAGGAGCAGAUCGAGCGCCUGAGACGGGAGGGAUCCCGACUGCUGGAGGAGGAGCAGCGGGCCAUGCAGGAGCAGUUCCGGCGCAGUCAUGCCGAGAAACAGAAGCUUCUGCAACAGCCGACCCCGUUCGAUUCGGCCCAGCAUCGCAUCAAGAUGAAGUGGAAGGCCGAUCCCGGCCAGGAUUACACGCAGGAGCAGCUGCUCAAGUACCUCAAGAAGUACGGCGACGUGGUGGCCCUGGUGGUCAACAGCAAGCGACGCGGACGCGCCAUGGUGGAGCUGGCCACGCGCGAAGCCUGCGACAUGGUGUUGGCCUACGAAAAGGGCGAUCCCGCCAAGCCACUGCACUUCGAGUGGGUGACGCCGCCCGCGGAGGAGAAGCAGCCAUCGAAAUCAUCCGCAACUGGAAACUCCAGCUCAGCCACGGACUACGAGGACCUGGUCAUGCGGAAGAUGCGACAGGCUGAGGAGAGGAAGCGGUUAAUUGAGCAGAUGAUGAAGGAGGAGGACAACGAAUAAACUCAAAUUAAUUAAGGCAAUCUUAUUUGAAUAGUUACAAUUAGGUCACACAAAAUACACA